AGGGCGCAUUCUGUGGACGAGAUACUUCUCUCCUUGUAAAUCUUACUCGCGCUGCUAUUCAUUACUGAUGGCACCCGCUGAACAGACGUCGGAUACUUGUCUGAUAUGCAUAGACAUGCAAAAUGACUUUUGUCUACCAACGUCGCCUUUGUGUGUGGCCGGAGCUUUAAACUGCUUGCCGAAAGUCAAGGAAGCCCUUGACAUCGCCCGCACCAAAAAUAUCCCUGUAAUCUGGGUCAUUCGCGAGCACGAUAUCUCUGGUGUCGACAUUGAGUACACCCGGACACACCUAUUCACAAACGGCACCGGCAGCACCGUACCAGGGUCAAAAGGCGCGGGGCUGGUGGAGGGUCUGGCAGUGCAGCCGGGCGAGCUGGUGGUGGUCAAGAAGCGCUUCAGCGCCUUCCUGCAUACCCACCUGGACCUGGUACUUAGGCGCAUGCGCAUGCGUCGAGUGGUGCUGUGCGGCGUGCAGACACCCAACUGCGUGCGGGCCACGGCAGUGGACGCGCUGGGACACGAUUACGAGACUGCCGUACUGUCGGACGCUACAGCCUCCAAGAACGAUGCCGUACAAGCGGCGAACCUGGAGGACAUGAGGUGCAUGGGCAUUGCCACGCCCUCGGUGGCGGAGUGGGCGGCUGGGCUGUCGGCGUGAGCGGUGCGGUUUCAGGGAGAGAGGGAUGUUUGUGGGCAUGAGGGUGAAGACAUUAGGUAGGUAGGUGCUAGCGGUGUCGUGAGCAUGGUAGGUGGGACAUAAGAGUGGGGUGGUGGCGUGCGGUGGCGGCAACAUGGCAAGCGGGUGAAGUUUGCUGAACGCAACAAGAGCGCGUAUGUCGUUAUGAAGCAUUCCCGUGUGCGCGGUUGUUGUUGUGCAAGAUGGCUUUCACCUUUGUGAUGCGGAGCGUAGAGAGCGUGUGAUAAGAAAACUGGCCGCGAGCCGGAACGUACUGUGAUUGCCGGAAGAUGAGCGUGUAUGUGUGUGGUUUGGGGUGAGUUGGGAUGUGCCAGGCCCGGCAGUGGCAAAUGAAACACGAGUGUGAGUCCUCCUUGUGCUGAGCAGUAAAUUGAGGGGCCGGGAGUUGCAAAUGUACAUGUUGCGGGCCGUGGGGCGGCUUGUCGCGCGGGCAGAGAUGGGUUGGGUGGGUGGGUGCGGAGGAGAAGCCAGGAUGCGGAGCGCGGACUGGUAGGGAUUGGUGCUUGCGAUGCACGUCAGAUAUUCCGGCCAGGGGCAGGUAGAGAAGCCUUCUAAUGUCUCCUCAUGCGCUUCAAGGGUCUGGUUGGGAUGUCACGGCAAUGCGACAGGCCGGAGGUGAAAGGCAGAAAGGAUGGCACCGGGUGUGUACAAUUGCAGGAGGUAUCGUGUAGCUGUAUCCCAUGUCAACAGAUACGUAGGUGGGCUAUUCGGUAGCCAUCGGUGACAUCGUUGUAGGAGGACAGCGGGUGCGUUCUCACGGCUCCCUGCGCGUGCCAACUGCUGCGAAUGCGGAAUGGACGAGCAAUCUCCGCCAACAUGGUUUGUAAGUAACCACUUGAUGAAUAGGCGCAGUUGCGUAUGUGACAGUAAUCUAUUUAUCAUGGCUCCGCUAUCCUCAAUCGACGCGGCCUUCGGGGCGAUGUUGGGCGCAUUCGUCGGCGAUGCCACCGGCGCGGUGCUCGAAUUCGACGAUAAACAUAUAUGCCCCGAAACAGUCGAGCGAGCACUGACAAUGCCGGGUGGAGGUGUCUGGCGUGUCGGCCCAGGACAAAUCACGGAUGACAGUGAGCUUGCCCUAGCGCUCGCAGCGGGGCUGGCCAGCGGCGACCCCGCUGCUGGCUUCCCCGCAGAGGCCGUUGCUAAGAGCUACGGAGCCUGGCUGCACAGCCACCCCUUCGACGCAACACGUGCCGUACGGCCUUCUCCGCUGCGAUGCACCAUGACGAGGAGAAGAUGGGGCCGCUGGCGGCGGCAAUGCGCAAGCAGGCGCAGUUCGGCCGCGCCUCCAAGGCCAACGGCGCCCUCAUGCGCAUCACGCCGCUCGCAGUGUGGGGCAGCUCCCUGUCCGACGACCACCUCGCAGCCGCAGCCAUGCAAGACGCGCAGCUCUCGCACCCCAACCCCGCCACCCAGCAUGCCAACGCCGCGUACUGCCUGGCGCUGAAGCACCUGAUCCAGCACCCAGGCGACGCGGAGGGGGCGGCGGCGGCGGCGGUGGCCUGGGUGGAGGCCAGUGGUUGCGAGGAGGUGGCGGGAUGGCUGCGGGAGGCGCUGGGAGAGGGCCCCGGGCCCAGCGUGAACCACAUGAUUGGAUACGUCAAGUACGGCUUCUUCUACGCGUUCCGACAUUUGAGAAACCGCUCGCCCUACCUCGACGCCCUCCGUGAGGUGCUGCUGCUCAAAGGCGACACAGACACCAACGCAGCCAUCGUGGGCGGCAUGCUGGGCGCCCUGCACGGGGCCUCAGGCGUCCCGCCCCACAUGGCGCAAGCGGUGCUCGGGCGGCACGGCCAACCGGAGUCCCAGGGCCCCAAGCGUCCUGACUGGCUGCAGCCGGGGCGGCUGCCGGAGGUGUUUGCGCAGCUGUACGGCAAAGCUACUGGGGCGGCGGUUGAGGAGGUUGAGGCGGCGGUGCAGGGGCUGGUGGGGAAGUAAGUUGGUAAGGGGCUGUUAACAGGCUGGGCAUUACCGCGCGAGGGUGCUUGUUUGCUUGCUGCUGGCUGUUGUAUACCUUUUGCGGCAGAGCUAGUUGCGUUGCUCAAGGUCUGUAGCCCUCGCAGCGUUGGGUUACAGUUUGGUCGUGGAUCGUGAAUCCGGAUUAUGAAGCAGUGAUGCUGCUGCUUAAGUGUUUCCUAUGCGUUAUUCAUCGUAUGCGUUCAUGGCUGUGACACAUUUGAAACCGCUUUUACCUUACCGGUAGUCAUGGUGCAUGGAUUCGUGUUUCACCUUGUGAAGUUAUGACAAGGGUGUUGGUACAGCCCCAUCGUUCGACCCCCUUGGAAGAAUGAUAAUGUCCCCUUUGCUGGCAUCCUUGGUGUAGUCAGGAGGAAGUGCACAAAUCAAAGUGCACAAUCAAACGUAGGAGUAUGCCGCCGACCUCUUACCCUACCGGUCGUAGGAAGGAUUGGAGUGUGCGGCAGUGUGCUGGGGUGGCUUGUACUGCUACCGCUACCAAGCAGUGCGCAUUGAACAAGCAAAGCAGAUUGACGGCAUCAUACCGACGGGAUCACUGUAACGGCCAUUCAUUCA